AUUUCUUUCUCUGAGUUCAUUCUGACCAUUUUUUGGCUUCUGUGAACAAGAUAUAAUAAACCCCAUGUUAGAUUUACUGUUUACCAUAAUUGUAUAUUACUAAAAAAUUGAAAUGAACAACACAUAAAACAAAACCAUGCCCUAAACCCAAUGCAUCUGAAUAUAUAUUGUCCCUUGUUUAUUGCACCAUUUACACCUCCCACCUUCUUUAACCAUACUUUAUUUUCAAAUUCUUGUACAUUUAACUAUACACAAGAUUCCCCAUCUGGACAGCUUGUCGACACAAACACACAGAGGCCUUGUUUUCUUGGUUGCUGCAGCCUGCAAGGAGGCUUCAUUCUCUCUUCUUUCACCAUUUGAAUCUCAAGUCCAUGUGCACUCAAUAGUUUUAAUGAAAAAAUUGUGUAAGAGGAAGGCCCACAAGGGAAGAAGAUGAUGCAUUAUUUCACAUGUUGAUUUAUUUUUCACACAGAAAGCCUCACUGUUGCAUUCAUCUUCUGCAAAUAGUCUGUAGCCACAAGCCAUACAACCUGUCAACAUUAAUUAGUGCAAAGAAUCAAGUGAUAGUUCCAGUUCUUUUUUCCUGGUCCCAUUCCAGCCUAACCAGUUUUGUUUAAACACAACUAAAAGUUAUGAACAUGGUUCUUCAUGAGACCCUUCACAAUAUUGACAGUAGAGAAAACAGUGAGGUGGGUUUCAGAAUAUAAGUCUCUUAUUACCUUGUAUCUUCUUCAUCCAUAUUUCACAACAAACACCAAGCACCAUUAAUAAUCUAGGCAUGGAAGAACAAUCGCCAGUGUCACUUUCUGGUGCUGAAAUGGCAACCCUUGAAACCAAGACCCUCACUAUCAAAAUAGCCAACUCCAGCCACAAGCCAGGUAAAGAGAUUUUAACAAACAUCAUCACAGAUGCACAGUCACCAAACUUAUACAGCUCAAUUGCAUCUUCACCUUAUAACUCUCCCUCUCUCAUAUCUCCACCUUCUUCAGCAUUUGUUUCAGCCCUUCAGUCUCCUUACAUAUCUCCUAGAGCAACUAUCAUCCCCACUCAUAUUAAAGAAAACACAACUACUCCAUCUAGUACAACAGUUACUCACCCAUCUACUCCAGUGUCGUAUUGUGGCUCGCAGUCUGAUGACAUUCCGAGUACAUCCUACACUCCCCCACCUGAAAGAUGUGAUUUUUCCGAUGACACAAAGCUCAAAAUUGUCACAUGUGUACCUGUUCCGGGCCAAGAAUCCGCUCCUCGGAUUUCGUUUUCGUUUCCGGUUCCAAGAAUGUCAUUUGCUAAAGGAUCUGUUUCACCUGCAUCGAAUGCCAAACUAAGAAGCUGCGAUGUUUACAUUGGUUAUCACGGUCAAAGUCCCAACUUGAUGCGCUUCUGUAAGUGGCUUAAAUCAGAGCUUGAGCUGCAGGGCAUUGCUUGUUUUGUUGCUGAUAGGGCCAAGUACUCCGAUAAUCAGAGCCAUGAAAUAGCUGACCGUGUUAUUUGCUCGGUGACAUAUGGCAUUGUGGUUGUUACGAGUCACAGCAUCCUGAAUCAUCAUAGUUUGGAAGAGAUUAGAUUCCUUUCUCAAAAGAAGAACUUGAUUCCAUUGUUCUUCGACACAGAUAUCAAUGAGAUUGCAAGCCCUGUGAACCAAAAUUCUCAGAAUAAAGAAUGUAAAGAAGCGAUUGAUGGCCUAAUGAAGUCACAAGAGUUCAUGCUGGAGGCAAAUGAUGGUAACUGGAGAAGUUGUGUAACGAAAGCUACAGGGAUUUUGACGGGAAAGCUUGGAAGAAAGAGUGUUGUUGAGAAAGAAGUUGAAAUUUUCGAGGACUUGCCACUUCCGAGAAACAAAUUUUUUGUGGGAAGAGAAAAAGAGAUACUGGAUAUUGAAACUGCAUUUUUUGGGUGUGGGGAGUACUUUGAGCAAGAAACAUCUUUACCGAUUAUUAGAGGAGGAACACCUGGUCAAUGUGAAGGUUUAGCAGAUGAAGAGAGUGAGGUUGAUGCAGGUAGAGGAAGGUACAUAAAUUUGGAGGUUGGAAAGUGCAAGGAGCCAAACUUGGAGGCUUGGAUUGAACCAGUUAUAGGAAGAAAUUCUUUUAAGCGACUUAAAUACAAAAAGUCAAAAAGUGGAAAAUACAAAAGUUUUGGAAACAGCAUUGUGUGCAUAAAUGGAGCUUCAGGUAUUGGAAAAACAGAACUUGCAUUGGAGUUUGCUUAUAGGUAUUCACAGAGAUACAAGAUGGUUUUGUGGGUAGGUGGUGAAGCUCGAUACUUCAGGCAGAACAUUUUAAAUUUGUCUCUCCAUAUGGGGCUGGAUGUAAGUGCUGAUGCUGAGAAGGAACGAGGAAGGAUCCACAGCUUUGAUGAGCAGGAAUCUGAAGCCUUCAAGAGAGUCAAAAGAGAACUAUUUAGGGAUAUGCCAUAUCUAGUGAUCAUUGAUAAUCUUGAGACAGAGAAGGAAUGGUGGGAAGGGAAGGAUCUGCAUGACUUGAUACCAAGGAACACUGGAGGAUCCCAUGUGAUUAUAACCACAAGACUCUCCAGAGUAAUGAACUUUGAUCCCAUGCAGCUUCAGCCACUGCCUUUAUAUGAUGCAAUGAUUGUGAUCAAAGGGAGAAGAAAGAAAGAAUAUUCGCCCUUGGAGAUGGAGUUUCUAGAGAAGUUCUAUGACAAAUUAGGGAGGUCAACUUUUGGGUUAUGGGUGAUUGGUUCACUACUUUCUGAACUUACAAUAUCACCAUCUGCUCUGUUCGAGGCUAUAAAUCAGCUUCCUCUGGAAGAACCUUCCAAUUUGAGCACCACGGAUGAACAAUUCUGCAGAAACAAUCUUUUCUUGAUGAAAGCACUUGCCUUCUGCAGUGCUAUUUUGCAGCAAACAAAAGGGACAAGAAACCUCCUUGCCUCAAGAAUGCUUCUCGUCGGAGCUUGGUUUGCCCCAGCACCUAUUUCAGCUAAUUUAUUAGCAACUGCAGCUAGGAUUCUACCAGCUUCUUCAAUUAACCGGCUCAGGAAGUGGACUAAAUGUGUGAGCCUCGCACUUUGUUGUUCAGGUUGUUUAGCAACACAAACGUGGAAGACUGAAGAGGAUUCAGCCUCAGUGUUGGUUAAACUAGGCUUGGCAAGGAAAGCCAACAGACAGCCUGGAUAUUGGAUCCGAUUUCACCCAAUUACUCAAAUAUUUGGAAGGAGAAAAGGCGGCCUACCCGCUGCCAAGGCAACAAUUCAAGGCAUAAGAAAGACAGGAAACCCAUUGGUAUACUCAGACCACCUAUGGGCCUCAGCUUUUCUGGUUUUCGGAUUCAAAUCUGAACCUCCACUAGUUCAACUGAAGGCUAUAGAUAUGGUUCUCUACAUCAAAAAAACAGCUCUUCCCCUAGCAAUCAGAGCAUUCACAACCUUCUCAAGGUGCAACUCAGCAUUAGAACUUCUCAAAGUCUGCACCAAUGUCCUCGAGGAAGUAGAGAAAUCCUUUGUCUCUCAAAUACAAGAUUGGUGCCACGGAUCUUUUUGCUGGAAAAAGAAAUUGCAGUCAAAUCAGAGGAUAGACGAAUAUGUAUGGCAAGACGUGACACUGUUGAAGGCUACACUUUUAGAAACCAGAGCCAAGUUGCUGCUGAGAGGUGGACAUUUUGAUAGUGGUGAAGAGCUAUGCAGAACAUGCAUUAGUAUCAGGACGGUGAUGCUGGGGCAUGGCCAUGCUCAAACACUAGCUGCCCAAGAAACAUUGGCUAAGUUAGUAAGAAUGAGGAGUAAAAUGUAAUGUACUUGAAUGUCCUUUUCAUCUGAACAAUCAAUAUUGAUUCUUGGUGGGCUCCA